AUGCUGAACAGUGUUCGUAUUACGCCUCCAGCGGCCGACGCAGAGGUAUCAGACCUAAGCGAGUGCGCAUUGGACGAGGCCUUUAAACGCGAAGCCGACAACAUCAACACACUCGUCCCCAUGGGAACGGGAGUGUCUGUGAUGGCUCAGUCUCUCUUCGAUAAUUUCUAUAAACAACUCCCCAAGGAUACGAGGUGGUACAAUGAUGGCAGCGGACAAGACAUAAUCGUGCUCGGAGUCCGAGUACGGUAUCCCUAUAACAGUGACUGCUGCGAACCUUUAGAUCAACUGGGCCACAAGAGUCUCCGCAGAAUCCGGGACAUGGUCUCCAACUUCGCCCCCAAGAAACCGUAG